AUGGUGGAACUGCAGAACACAGAUGAGGUUGCCAGGAACAGUAGAACAGCCGUGGCACUCAAGACAUUUAUGUCUGGGGGUAUUGCUGGCUGUUGUGCCAAAACUGCUCUUGCUCCUCUAGACCGAGUCAAGAUCCUGCUGCAGGCUCACAAUCAACACUACAAACAUCUUGGUGUGUUUUCAGCUGUCAGACAUGUGGUACACAAGGAAGGAUUUCUCGGCCUGUACCAAGGCAAUGGAGUUCAAAUGAUCAGAAUAUUUCCCUAUGCAGCAAUUCAGUUUUUAAGUUACGAACAAUUCAAGCAGAUUGCCAAGGAACAUAUACCCUGGCUUAAUCAUUCACCAAAUAUUUCAAAACUCCUGUGUGGUUCCCUAGCAGGGCUGACUGCUGUCAUGGUGACCUACCCGCUGGACAUGAUCAGGGCAAGGUUAGCCUUUCAGGUCAGAGGUGAAGCUGUCUACGAUGGCAUCAUGCACACAGUCAAAUCUAUACGGCUCCUAGAGGGUGGCACACGAGGCUUGUACCAGGGCAUUGUACCAACUAUUCUUGGAAUGGCUCCUUAUGCAGGACUUUCUUUCAGUAGUUUUGAAAUGUUGAAGAACUUUGCUCUGGACACAUUUCCUGAAUUUCUGGGGAAGCCACAACAUGCCGGGGGCCUUGCUCUGAUAUUGCCUGCCAAACUGGUAUGUGGGGGUUUGGCCGGAGCAGUCGCACAAACUAUUUCCUACCCCCUGGAUGUGGUGAGGAGGAGGAUGCAGCUCUCUGGUAUGGUUGUCAAGUCUCCUGAAUCAGUCAUAUCUUAUCCAAGGGGCUGGCUGCAAGUCAUGGUGGAUGUGUACCACGAGAACGGUGUUGUCAAGGGCCUCUUUCGUGGCAUGAGCAUUAACUACAUCCGGAUCAUGCCCACCGUUGCCAUUUCCUUCGCUACCUACGAGUCUACAAAACAAGCCCUGGGUCUGGACACGGGAGUGGACAGAUGA